AUGUCCGCGUCGCGCACCGCUCGUGCGGUAUCCGGCGCGAGCCUCGGCUCCGGCGCGAGGCCGCUUCGCCGUCGCGCUCGCGCGCUCGUCCGCGCACCGAACGGGUCGCAUCCGACGAAGAAAGUUCCCUCGACGGUGAUCCGAUGCGCGUCGAAGGUUGCCAGACAGGGCGCCUACCGCGUCACCGACUUGCCGGAGGACGAAUCCGACCUGCUCGCGCGCAUCCACACCAGCAUCCAGGCCGCGCUCUCCGACGGUAAGGUCCUGCUCGACGUCGAGGUUCCCGUGCAGUACUUCGACGGCGUGGUCGGUGUAGGCGGCCAGGACAGCAUCGCGAUUAGCGAGUUCAACGCCUGCAUGUCGGUGCUCCGGAAGAUCGUCCGAUUGUUCGAGUGGCUCGGCCAAGCGGAGAGCGUCCGCGUGUUCUUUCCGGACGCCGCCGAGUGCUCCAUCGCGCUCAAGGGCGCGGGGUUGAACCCCGUGUCCGGGCAGUGGGAGCAAGCGGCGACGUUCCACGAUUGGCCGGGAGCCGUCGACUACCUCCUGCGAGACGACUUCGUGUCCCAGACUAGUCGCAAGGCGUACGGGUACGCGGACUUGCCGGACUUUCUCGCGGGUAAGCGCGACGUGGAGCAGACGGCGGAGGUGGCGGACAGGCUGUACGUCGUGGGAUACCCGUACGAUAACACCGGGGAGAUGGAGCAGGUGAUGCGACUGUGGGAAGAACACGCGCGGCCCAUCUUAGUCUUCAACGGCAACCUGGACGGCGUUCGCACAUCCUUCGCCCCGUUCGGCAAGGCCAAGAAGCUGAAGCACGAGUUCGUGCCCAAGUUCACCACCGCGUUUUACGUGCACAAGUUCGCCGCGGGCGCGGCGCCGGGCCUCCUCUACAGGCAGUACCCUUCGCCGUGGCGCGUGUAUCGCGCGGUUAAGGGCGGAGGGAUGGAAUGCGUGGCUGAAUACGACGAGAGGCCGGAGCUACGGGACGUCGCGAUGCAGUUCUUCUCGGGCGGUCUGACCACGACGGAGGUGGCGGUGUCCACGUCCCCGCCGGUGGAGCUCACCGAAGAUAACACGCGGUACUACGAGGCGCUGGGCGUGGACAAAGGAUGCUCCGAUCGAAAGGCGCUCGCGGCGGCGUACCGGGACAAGGCCAGGGAGUUGCACCCGGAUGCGCCGAACGGCGACGCGAUGGCGUUCUACGAGCUGUCCAAGGCGUACGCCGUGUUGAGGGACGACGAAAAGCGCGCCAAGUACGACGAGUUCGGCGAACGUUGGGUGCUCGAGACGUCGUCAAAGUGA